AGCUUAGCAGGCAGUGAGGUCAGAGUGUCUGUGAGGUCGGCUGCUGUCCAGGGCUGGCCUGGGGUCCUGGUGCCCAGAGUGGGCGGCUGCAAGUAGACCAGGAGCUCCUGUGUGUCCCCCAGCCGAGCCAUGGAGACCUGGGAGGGACUGCCUGCUGUGUCCUUGGUGCCCACAGAUUCCAAGGCCCCUCAGGUACGGGGGUGUGUGUCCCAGUGGGGCAGGUGAGCGAGAUAGGGACGCAGACAGAGAAAAAAGCCACCUCAUGUGGAGAGGAAGGGGGCGGGGCUCCGCCCCUGGAACUUCCUCUUUCUCUGUGUUCCUUUCUCCCUCUCUCAGUCUCUCCUUCUCUCUCUCUUUCUCUCUCUCUCUCUUACGGCCUCUGUCUUUCUGAUUGUCUCCCCCACUGCCAACACCUCUUUCUGUCCCGUCCCUCCCACUGGUGGCUCACCACUCUGUGCGAAGAUGUCGGCCCAGGACAGAUGCCUCAGCCUCAUCAAGUACCUCCUCUUCGUUUUCAACCUCUUCUUCUUCGUCCUAGGCGGCCUUAUUUUCUGCUUCGGCAUCUGGAUACUCAUCGACAAGACCAGUUUCGUGUCCUUUGUGGGCUUGUCCUUCAUGCCCCUGCAGAUCUGGUCCAAGGCCCUGGCCAUCUUAGGAAUCCUCACCAUGGGCCUGGCCCUCCUGGGCUGUGUGGGGGCCCUGAAGGAACUCCCCUGCCUCCUAGGCCUGUACUUUGGGAUCCUGCUGCUCCUGUUCGCCACGCAGAUCACCCUGGGAAUCCUCAUCUCCACUCAGGGGGGCCGGCUGAAGCGGAGAGUGAAGGACAUCGUCCUGGAGACUAUUCAGAACUACCGCACCAACCCGGAGCAGACUGGGGCCGAGGAGAGCUGGGACUUCGUGCAGUUUCAGCUGCGCUGCUGCGGCUGGUUCUCUCCUCAGGACUGGUACCGCGUCCCCAGCCUGAGCAGCAACGAGUCGACGGCGCACCACGUGCCCUGCUCCUGCUAUAACUCAUCGGGCGCCAACGACUCCGCAACCUUGGAAAAGAUCUCCUCCUCCCAGUUCAGCCGGCCUGGACCACUAGCGCGGCAGCGACACAGUACAGACCGUUGCGUGGUCCCUGCCAACGCCUAUAUCUACAGUGAGGGAUGCGAGCGGAGCCUCGAAAAGUGGUUGCACAACAACCUUAUCUCCAUAGUGGGCAUCUGUCUGGGCGUCGGUCUACUCGAGGUGAGUGUGGCGGGGCUGAGCCUGCUGCCCCCGCGCGGCGCGCUCUGCCGGGAUGCCCAGCCGCAGGUCCUGGGGGCUGACGGUUCGAGCCCCGAGCCCGGCCUGAGCGCUGAUGGCGGCGGCGGGCGCUAUGGUGCGCUGAGCAGCAGCGGGCGUAGCGGCAGUAUGUGGGGUGGCUGGGGCAUGGCAGAUGCCUGCCCCAACUGGGGGGACAAGGCCCCGCAGGGCAAAUUGCCCAUGUCCCUGGGGCCCUGGCCGCUUUGGGAUCAAGACGAGGAACAGCCUGAGACCGGGACCGGGAUCGCGGGCGCAGAGGUGGAGGCCGAGGUGGAAUUGGAGGCCGAGGUGGAAGGGGAGACAGAUGAGCCUCCGGAAUAAAGGACCCUGGGCUUGCUCUGGAUCUCACUCCUUCCCAGACUCCAGACCUGCGCUAGACGCAGCUGGGUUCCCCUUGACCCCUCACUGUUCCCCUUCCAGCUCCUGCUCUGCUCCCCCCCUCCCCGGUCCGCCCGCAUCUUCUAUAGCCCCCCCCCCCCCAUGACCUCCUGCCCUUUUACCCUUAACUCCACCACAUUCUCCACCUCAUCUUCCCCCCAACUCCUGUCCUUGACCCCAUCUUUCACAGCCACGCCAAGUUCUCCCUCUAGCCCAGCCCAUUUUCUGCCUGCUCCCUUCUCUGCCCCUCUCAGGACACCUCCCCGCCCAAUUCUCGGUGCCUUACUUUUUCCCCCCGACUUUUCUCCCUCGGGACCGCCACCACCCCAACCCCUCUCACUGGCACCCCCUCGACCUCUCUGACUGCAU